AUGGUCCGACUUGACACCUCGGGCUGGUUACUAGCCCUCUCUUUCCUUUCUUCUACUCUUGCAGAAGAUGUCUUUCCUGACUGCACCAGCGGGCCUCUCAGCAAGCUCGCGAUCUGCGACACCUCUCGGGAUCCCAUUGCUCGAGCCAGAUCCCUCGUGGCGGCCAUGACACUGGAAGAGAAGAUCAAUAACACUCGCUUCGACUCCCCUGGUCUUCCUCGACUAGGCCUGCCAGCUUAUAACUGGUGGAGCGAGGCCUUGCAUGGCGUCGCAGACUCCCGCGGCGUGCAUUUCGCUGACAGCGGAGAAUUCAGUUACGCGACCUCAUUCCCAUCCCCAAUCGGCCUGGGCUCUGCAUUCGACGACGAACUCGUCAAGCAAGUCGCCACCGUGAUCAGCACCGAGGCCAGAGCCUUCGGUAACACCGGCCACGGCGGCCUGGACUACUGGACGCCCAACAUCAACCCCUUCAAAGAUCCCCGAUGGGGUCGCGGUCAGGAAACCCCCGGCGAGGACGCGCUGCACACCUCGCGGUACGUCUACCAUCUCAUCGACGGCCUACAGGGCGGCAUCGGUCCGGCCCAUCCCAAGAUCGUAGCGACGUGCAAGCACUUCGCCGCCUACGACCUGGAAGACUGGAACGGCAUCGAGCGCUACGCCUUCGACGCCGUCGUCUCGUCGCAAGACCUCGCCGAGUACUACCUCCCGCCGUUCAAGACCUGCACGCGCGACGCCAAAGUCGACGCCGUCAUGUGCAGCUACAACUCGUUGAACGGCAUCCCGACCUGCGCGGACCCGUGGCUCCUGCAAACCCUGCUGCGCGAGCACUGGAAAUGGGAGGCUCCGGGACACUGGGUCACCGGCGACUGCGGCGCCAUCCAGAACAUCUACGCGGACCAUCACUACGUCGCGGACGGAGCGCAUGCUGCAGCCGCCGCCUUGAACGCAGGCACCGACCUCGACUGCGGCGACGUGUUCCCUCGAUUCCUCGGCGAGGCGGCGCAACAAGGGCUCUUCACUAACCGGACCCUCGACCGAGCGUUGACGCGACUGUACUCGUCGCUCGUCAAACUGGGGUACUUCGAUCCCGCCGACGACCAGCCCUACCGGUCCCUCGGCUGGGAGGACGUAUCCACAUCACAGGCAGAACAGCUAGCGUACCAAGCGACCGUGGAGGGACUCGUUCUUCUGAAAAACGAAAACACCCUCCCGCUGAAAAAGAACGGCACGGUCGCGCUGAUCGGCCCCUACGCUAACGCCACCACCCAGCUGCAGGGUAACUACUACGGUUUCCCCAAGCACCUUCGCACCCUCCUCUGGGGCGCAUCCCAAGCAGGAUUCAAAGUCAACUAUGUCCCCGGCACAGAAACCGACUCGAACAGCACCUCAGGCUUCGACUCCGCCCUCUCCGCCGCCAAGAAGUCCGAUAUAAUCAUCUACGCCGGCGGCAUCGACAACGACAUCGAAGCCGAGUCCAAAGACCGCACGACCAUCGUCUGGCCCGGGAACCAGCUCUCACUAAUUGAUCAGCUCUCCGAAGUUGGCAAGCCGCUCAUCGUCGUGCAGUUCGGCGGCGGUCAAGUCGACGACUCUUCGUUGCUGGAGAACGACGGCGUCGGGGCGCUCCUCUGGGCCGGAUAUCCCGGACAAGCCGCCGGCGCUGCCAUAUUCGACGUUUUAACGGGCAAGGCGGCACCCGCUGGCCGUCUCCCGGUGACGCAGUACCCAGCUAGCUAUGUCGACGAGGUUCCCCUGACCGACAUGACGCUGCGUCCUGGAUCGGGAAACCCCGGGCGGACGUACAGAUGGUACGAUAAGGCUGUACUCCCGUUCGGAUUCGGGUUGCAUUAUACAACCUUCGACGUAUCGUGGACAUCCUCCUCGAGUUCCUACGACACCGUGUCUGUGAAGUCAGGGACGAAUGCCACGGACACAGCGAUUCUGGACACAUUCUCCCUCACAGUUAAGAACACAGGCAAGGUGACGUCGGACUACGUGGCUCUUGUCUUUCUGACGGGUGAGGUUGGACCGAAACCGUACCCGAUCAAGACGUUGGUGGGAUAUAAAAGAGCAAAGGCGAUCAAACCCGGGCAGAGCCAGAGCGUCGAUGUGGAGGUGACGGUUGGGGCGGUUGCGCGGACAGCUACGAAUGGGGACCAGGUGCUGUAUGCUGGGGAGUAUGAGCUGCAUGUUGAUAUCGGGGAGAAAGAUACGCUUUCGUUUAAGAUCACCGGGGAGGAUAAGGUGUUGGAUGUGUUUCCUCAGCCUGGAGGCAAUCGCACUUCGAUUGUGGUGCAGUGA